CAGGGCGGCUGGGGAGGCCCAGGCGGCGGAGCCUCCGGGACGGCGAACGGCGGGCCGCGGAGAAGGAGACGGCGGGUCGGGCAUUUUUAAAAUAUUUAAUCAUUCAUGAGUUGAGCUUCAUUCUUGAGUCAUGGAUGACAAGGCUUCUGUUGGAAAAAUCAGUGUCUCCUCAGACUCUGUGUCUACUCUUAAUAGUGAAGAUUUUGUCUUGGUUUCCAGGCAAGGAGAUGAGACACCAUCUACAAAUAAUGGAAGUGAUGACGAGAAAACAGGACUCAAGAUUAUAGGGAAUGGAAGUGAACAGCAGCUGCAAAAAGAGCUAGCAGAUGUGCUGAUGGAUCCUCCAAUGGACGACCAGCCAGGGGACAAGGAGCUUGUGGAAAGGUCACAAUUGGAUGGCGAAGGAGAUGGGCCUCUUUCUAAUCAACUCUCAGCUUCAUCCACCAUUAACCCUGUGUCAUUAGUAGGGCUGCAGAAACCAGAGAUGAGCCUGCCAGUGAAACCUGGACAAGGAGAUUCUGAAGGGUCUAGUCCUUUCACACCAGUGGCUGAUGAGGACAGUGUAGUUUUCAGCAAACUAACUUAUUUAGGCUGUGCCUCAGUAAAUGCUCCCAGGAGUGAAGUGGAAGCCUUAAGGAUGAUGUCCAUCUUAAGGGGCCAGUGUCAGAUUUCACUAGAUGUAACCCUGUCAGUGCCGAACGUAUCUGAAGGAACUGUGAGACUCUUAGAUCCUCAGACAAACACUGAAAUAGCAAACUACCCUAUCUACAAAAUCCUCUUCUGUGUUAGAGGGCAUGAUGGAACUCCUGAGAGUGACUGUUUUGCUUUCACUGAAAGUCAUUACAAUGCAGAGCUCUUCAGAAUACAUGUCUUCCGGUGUGAAAUACAAGAAGCUGUGAGCCGGAUACUUUACAGUUUUGCCACUGCCUUCCGCCGUUCUGCCAAGCAGACCCCCCUCUCAGCAACUACUGCACCUCAGACUCCUGACAGUGACAUCUUUACCUUCUCUGUGUCUUUAGAAAUAAAAGAAGAUGAUGGUAAAGGUUAUUUUAGUGCAGUUCCUAAAGAUAAAGACAGACAGUGCUUUAAACUACGCCAAGGAAUUGAUAAAAAGAUUGUCAUCUAUGUGCAACAAACAACUAAUAAGGAACUUGCCAUUGAAAGGUGUUUUGGUCUUCUCCUUAGCCCAGGAAAAGAUGUACGAAAUAGUGACAUGCACUUGUUAGAUUUGGAAUCUAUGGGCAAAAGUUCAGAUGGAAAGUCCUAUGUUAUUACUGGGAGCUGGAAUCCAAAAUCCCCACAUUUUCAGAUUGUAAAUGAAGAAACUCCUAAAGAUAAAGUGCUGUUUAUGACCACAGCUGUUGAUUUAGUAAUAACAGAAGUGCAGGAGCCUGUUCGCUUUCUCCUAGAGACAAAAGUCCGAGUUUGCUCACCUAAUGAAAGAUUAUUCUGGCCCUUCAGCAAACGUAGUACUACUGAAAAUUUCUUUUUGAAACUAAAACAGAUAAAGCAAAAGGAGAGAAAGAACAAUACUGACACUUUAUACGAAGUUGUAUGCUUGGAAAGUGAAUCAGAGAGAGAGAGGAGGAAAACUACAGCCAGUCCCUCAAUUCGCCUGCCACAAUCUGGAUCUCAGAGUUCAAUGAUACCUUCUCCUCCAGAAGACGAUGAAGAGGAAGAUAACGAUGAACCUCUGUUGAGUGGAUCUGGUGAUGUAUCUAAAGAAUGUGCAGAGAAAAUUCUUGAAACAUGGGGAGAACUGCUGUCUAAAUGGCAUCUUAACUUGAGUGUGAGGCCAAAGCAGUUGUCAUCCUUAGUAAGAAGCGGUGUUCCUGAAGCUCUUCGAGGAGAAGUCUGGCAGCUGCUAGCAGGUUGUCACAACAAUGACCACCUGGUAGAAAAAUACCGAAUUCUCAUCACAAAGGAGUCUCCCCAGGACAGUGCUAUCACUCGUGAUAUUAACCGGACAUUCCCAGCGCAUGACUACUUUAAGGACACAGGAGGAGAUGGACAAGAUUCCUUAUAUAAAAUAUGCAAGGCUUAUUCUGUGUAUGAUGAAGAAAUUGGCUAUUGCCAGGGCCAGUCAUUUCUUGCUGCUGUUCUGCUUCUCCAUAUGCCUGAGGAACAGGCAUUCAGUGUUCUGGUCAAGAUCAUGUUUGACUAUGGUCUCAGGGAACUUUUCAAGCAAAACUUUGAAGAUUUGCAUUGCAAAUUUUACCAGUUGGAGCGCCUCAUGCAGGAAUACAUUCCUGACUUGUACAACCACUUCCUGGAUAUAAGCCUUGAAGCACACAUGUAUGCCUCCCAGUGGUUUCUUACGCUCUUCACUGCAAAAUUCCCUCUCUACAUGGUCUUCCAUAUCAUCGACCUGCUUUUAUGUGAGGGAAUAAGUGUUAUUUUUAAUGUCGCCCUUGGAUUAUUAAAGACUUCCAAAGAUGACUUGCUAUUGACAGACUUUGAAGGUGCGCUGAAGUUCUUCAGGGUUCAGCUUCCUAAGAGAUAUCGCUCAGAAGAAAAUGCAAAAAAACUGAUGGAAUUAGCUUGCAACAUGAAGAUUAGUCAGAAGAAGUUGAAAAAAUAUGAAAAAGAAUAUCACACCAUGAGGGAACAGCAGGCCCAACAAGAAGACCCCAUCGAGCGAUUUGAGCGGGAGAAUAGGCGUCUACAAGAAGCUAACAUGAGGUUGGAACAGGAAAAUGAUGACUUAGCCCAUGAGCUGGUGACCAGUAAGAUUGCACUGCGAAAGGACCUGGAUAACGCUGAGGAAAAGGCAGAUGCACUGAAUAAGGAGCUGCUUAUGACCAAACAGAAAUUGAUUGAUGCAGAGGAAGAGAAAAGACGGCUGGAAGAAGAGUCUGCUCAGUUAAAAGAAAUGUGCCGUCGGGAACUCGACAAGGCAGAAUCUGAGAUUAAAAAAAACAGUUCUAUCAUCGGUGACUACAAGCAGGUGGGUCCGUGCACCCUGGAAUUGGGCCGUGUUCUCUGGAAGCCCUGCUGGCCUGCACAAGAUGUCUUCUCCACACCCACACGCGUCCCUGCUCGGCGACUUGCACUGACGAGUCCCUUCGCUUCACUGGACAAGUUACCGCACUGCUUUUCAACUAUUUGUUCUCAGUUGAGUGAAAGAUUAGAGAAGCAGCAGACUGCUAAUAAAGUGGAAAUUGAAAAAAUUCGGCAAAACGUGGACGACUGUGAGCGCUGCCGGGAAUUUUUCAACAAAGAAGGGCGCGUAAAGGGCGUCAGCUCAGCCGAGGGCGUUGUGGGUGAGGACGCAGAUGAGGAGAAGGAAACACUCAAGAACCAGCUGAGAGAGAUGGAACUGGAACUGGCACAAACCAAGCUGCAGCUGGUGGAAGCUGAGUGUAAGAUCCAGGACUUGGAGCACCAUUUAGGCCUUGCCCUCAACGAGGUACAGGCGGCCAAGAAGACGUGGUUUAACCGAACACUGAGCUCCAUAAAGACGGCAACCGGGGUUCAAGGGAAAGAGACUUGCUGAGAGCAGCUGCUGCCUCCAGACACCUUCAGAAAACAUGACACCUUUUGUUGCCUUCUUUGGCCAGAUGUGUGAUUCUGUGACAUGUCCCAGGACCAGAAUGUACCUAAGUCAGAUCCAUAGAAGCAUGUGGGUAGGUUGUUGGACCAGAGCUCAUGAAGCAGGCAGCCUGUGCGGUAAGGCUGUCCUCACUCCUGAUACUAACAGGCCUGCUGGCUGGCCUGCAGCUCUGGACAUUCCAGAAAGUCACUCCUCCGUGUGACCUCCGGGCCUCUUCCUGGUUAGAUCAGCUCCUCACCCAGCCCAGCGGCUGAGUGACAUUAUCAGAGUCUGGGGAUCCUUCAGGCCUUUGGUUUUUUUCUAAACCUUUAAUCUUUUUUUUAAAAAUACACAUAUUAUUAUAUAUUGGGGGAGGUGGGGCAGGGGAUCGGUAGCUCAAAUAAUUAUCUGCUCCAGUGCCAGCAGAGGGUCCUCCAGGUAGACAUGGAGAAGCACUUUGUUUUAAAUAGGAGGGUUUCAUGGUUGUAGGUGAAGCCACCUAGUUUUGUUAAACUAACUCUACGAUGCACAGGUUU